GGUUGUCCAUGACUUCAAAUGUCUCCGAGGGGAAAUGCCGACACUGUUCAAGUUUACAUGUUUUUUCUCCACGCGGAGUUGUCAUAGUUUCCACAGUAUGUCAGCAGCAUAAUGGAAUGUUCUAGAUCUAGAUACCCUGCUUCAUAAGGAAUCUGCGCGAUUGGGAAUUUUGAGUGAGGGCGAAAAAGUUCCCCACACAGAUUUUUCUCAUUUUCAAGUUGAUCACUUGAAUUCACCUUGCUGACCAACAGACCUGCUUGGUUUGAAAGCCUGGGACAGAAAAAAAAAACAAAGUCAAAAGACGUAGCAUCCCAACCUCAGAGGGUUUUAUGACGUUGGGGGUCGUGUCAGCCUAAUCGGGUCAUCCUUGAGUGGAGCCUCACUCUGGCCAAUAGGAUUAGAGAGUGAGGGAAGAGGCUUUACCUAUUCUUGGAGUAUGUGAUGGCAGUCUUCUCCUACUGAAGCACAGAGUUACAUCUAUCUCUCAACUCUGACUUCAAACCCUUUUUUUCUGUUUGACCAGGAACAUUAUUUUCCUUUCCAUCGGAGAAACUGAACCAAGCAUGGAGCUAGGAAAAGCCAAGCUUUUGAGAACAGGGUUAAACACCUUGCACCAAGCCAUUCACCCGGUGCACGGAAUAGCCUGGACAGACGGUAAGCAGGUUUGUCUCAUGUCGUUGUAUUCUGUCGAUGGUGAGCCCAAAUUUGGUGACACCAAUGUUAUUGGACAGUUUGAACAUGUCUUGGGACUCUUCUGGGGGCCGUUGUGCUGCUCCGGGUCUCCGGCGUUGCUUGCUGUCCAGCAUAAAAAGCAUAUCACGGUUUGGCAACUUCAGCUGAGCACUUCAGAGCAGAACAAACUCCUGUGCACGCAGACCUGCGAAAUGAGUGAGCCGUUCCCGCUGCUCUCCCAGGGAUGCGUCUGGCAUCCCAGAAUGGACAUCUUAGCCGUUUUGACCAAGCGGGAUGCCUCGGUCUUGUUUUCCGUGCGGGUCGAUAAUCGUCGCGUGAAGGCCGACAUCAAGAGCAGCGGUCUGAUCCAUUGUGCCUGCUGGACUAAAGAUGGAACCCGCCUGGUGGUCGCCAUCGGUAGUGCGUUGCACUCGUAUAUUUGGAACGACAUCCAAAAAAGCCUGGUGGCAUGUUCCUUCUGCCCGAUUUUCGAUGUAGGUGGGUAUAUCUGUGCCAUCGAGUCUACAGACGAAGCUCAAGUGGCUGUAGCGACUGAACUUCCGCUUGAUAAAAUUUGCGGGCUCAAUGCAGGCAUCGCAUUCGACCUUACCAAUGAGUCAGAGGCUUCGACGUGCCGCCCUUCUCCCGUUUUGACAGUGGAUACGGACUAUUAUUUGGACAGACGGAGAUCAUGUGAUUCUGAGCGCUCGGGACACGGCUCCUCAUCCGGACCCUUAGAUUUAACGCACAUUCUCGCCAAACACCGAAAAUCAGACCCAAGUCCGCUCAUUCACUUGAGGCGGCGGGAUAAUACGACGGGAACAGGUCAGGACUCGUCACAUCUGAUUCUGGUGACGUAUGAACGCAAGGUCACCACUUCGAGGAAGGUCAGCAUCCCUGGCAUCUUGGUCCCUGAUAUUAUCGCCUUCGAUCCGAGCGGGAGCACGGUGGCCGUGGCAUCAAACACGUGCAACAUGAUCCUAGUUUACUGCAUCACGGAUUCUUCCAUGCCCAACGUGCAGCAGAUCCAGCUGCAAAAAAAUGAGAGGCCCAAAGGCGUGUGCUUUUUCACCAACAAGAUGUUGCUCUUCAUGAUUGGCCGACAGAAGUCCAAUGAUCCUGCUUUCCUCUCCUCCUCCAACACGGACAAGUACAUCUUGAGGCUAAUAGCCAAGGAGCUGGUAUUCGACGAGGAAGGUGCCACCCCAGUGGUUACCAAAUCUGAGUCGGCGAGCCAACAUCAUGGGAUUAGACGUCAUUCUGAGAACUUUUCUAAAGAGGACCGUCUAUCAAUUAAGGAUCUUAUACUUCCCGGAGGCUCGGUAAUUGUUUCGCCAUCCAGUCGGAGGAAACUAAUCGAGGAGGUACACAGCUCAGAUUUGAGCCCCGUGGCGAGCUCUGCCGACUUCUCAGAUAGAGCAUCCAGUGCCUCCUCUGUUACUCUGGAAACCUACGACAUGGAUCACAUCAGCCGCAUGGCCACGCUCGCCGUAGCCGGUCAGGCCAGCCGGGAUUCCAGUCGACCCUGUUCGCCAAGGUACGAAGCCUCGGAAAAAUUAUACUCCGAUGCAACGCCACCAAAGAACAGCUGUCAAUCCAAAGAAAAGAACUUGGAGCAGCUGACACAGAACAUGGAGAGGAUUUUUACCCGAUUUGCUGAUGUCCAGCAGUGCCUCACAGAAAUCAGAGACUUCACCCAGAAUGGCAAGAAGAUUGCAUGCAGUUAUCCGUCUGCUUAUGAACCGCAAUAUGUGCACAUUACAUGUCAGAAACAGUUGUCUGAGAAUGUGUAUACGGAUGAGAGAAGGCCGUUGUUGCUGUGUGAGGGGCGGAUCUGCCUGCGGGUGGUGCAGGAACUCCUCGGCCUGACGGUCGUGGAGAUGAUGCAUGGUCCCAUGUGGAUCGUCUUGGUGGCUGAUGCAGAUGGUUUCAUUCCACUAACAUUUAAACACAAAGAUGAGCUCACAAUCAGGAGUGCGAGAAGGAAAUCUCCUAUAAGACCCCCGAGCUGCGCUGAUGUAUUUCCACCUGAAAGUCCAGUGUCUCCCAAUGCAGAAAAAUAAAGCUUGUAUCAUCAUAAGAGGACUUAUUAGAAAUAUUUUUAUGAUAUUUGUCUUGUGUUAGCUGGAUAUCUGUGGCUUACACAGGGAUAUUCCAAACUUUUUGUUUGGAAUUCAGGGAAAACGACAAUAUUCGCCACUGUGAUAUUUAUUAUGUUGAUAGAUUUGUGUAAUGUGACAGUUGUCAAGGGCAGAACAGUUUUUUUUUAAUUUUCAGAAGAAAUAUUGAGUGCCUGCUUGGUUAUUUUUGCUUGAAUAGUUUCUAUUUUGUCCCACACAACGAAAUGAAGGUACAUGUAAUGUGAAAUUAAAGAAGAUUCAUAGUGAUUGUAUUCUUUUGUUUCAUAAUUGAUUUGAUUUGUAAGCUGUAAGACAGACAUUAUAACCCACAUUAAAAGAACUGCAUAAUAGCACAUUCACACAAUGAAAAAAAAAA